AUGAGUAUCUUAGAAUAAUCUGAAGAUGAAAUAAAGAUAUGCAUUCAUUAUGAUGUCUAUCCCUGCACUAAAUUAGACUUAAAUGAAAUAUUAUUUGAGAUUUUAAUAAUAGGUUGUAUUAAUGAUCAUUUCUAAAACAUCUAUAAAAUACCUGAACAUGAUAGAAUCUUUGUAGAAAUAAGUCAAAGUUUAAAUGAGUAAUACUACAAAUUGUUCAUAAGUGGAAACAUAAAAUCAAUAGAAUGUUAAUGGGAUUUUGCAGGAAUAAAAGUAAAGAAAGCUUAAAAGUAAAAAUACUAAAAGGUAUGUAGAUAUCUGCUAGCUCUAGAGGCUGAAAUAUCAAGAUACUCUAUGGAAGAAUUAAAGGAAAGCAAAAAUAUUUUAAAGGAUAUUGAUUUCAGUAUUGUUUUAAUGAAAAACUUUUCUAAGAUGUUAAAAGAUAAAAAUUAUUACUACGUGAAUUCUUUUGUUGACUUUGUAUAUGACUAAUUAGUUCGAUUAGAAAACAGUGAUUUCUUUUCUUAAGAAAAUUUAGAGAGAUAGAUGUCUGGUUUCUUAGGAAUUGGAAUAGCUGAAAAAGCAAAAAGAUUCCAUAAAGAAAUAGUUAAUUAAUUGAUUGAGCUGUCAUAAAGAAUAUCUAUUGUAGAGAAAUAUAGUGAGAGUUCUGAUAUACAAUAGAACCUUAAGAGAAGAGUUACUGAAGAAGAACAGGCUAAUAGAUUUAGAGAUUUAGAGUGGGAUGUUUUCAAUAAUCCAUUUAUAGUCUUCAACGAUAGUGGCACAAUUACUCCUAUUUACAAAAAUAUUGAGGUGAUUCCAGAAGCAAUCAAGGACUAUAAUAGAAGGAUAAAUAAGUUUAAUAAGGAUGCCUAGGAAUACAAGUUAUACGAUGAAUUCACUUAGGAUGAAUUUGUUGAAAAAAUCCUUGAAAUUUGUGUCAAUGAUGCAAGAAAAGAAAAGCUUAAAAAAUCUAAGGAACUUAAGAAUUUAGUAUUUACUUUAGAUAACUUCAUGAAGUUAGUACUUAUCUAUCUUAGAAUAAGAGCUAACAUGCCAAUAGUUUUAAUGGGUGAGACUGGUGUCGGUAAAACCUCUCUUGUUGAAUAUUUGGCAAAAAUUAUAGAUGCUGAAUUUUUUGUCUUAAAUUUACAUGCAGGAGUUCAAGAAGAUGAAAUCGUAAGAUUUGUUAAAAAUGCCUAGCAUAUUGCUUAAAAUUAAGAAUAUGUUAGACCACAGGGAUUAAAAGAUGAAGAAUUUGAAACAAAAAUGAGAAUGGAGGAAUAAAAUAGCAAGCUUGAUGAUUAAUCUUCUAAAAAGAUACUAAAUAAGAGAAAAGUCAUUUUGUUCUUUGAUGAAAUUAACACCAAUGAAAAUAUUAACGGUCUUUUAAAGGAAGUGUUCAUUGAUCGCCAUUUAAAUGGAAUACCCUUAGAAGAUAACAUCUGCCUAGUGGCUGCUUGCAAUCCUUUUAAAUUGAGAAAGAAGGAAAUAAGUGGAAUGACAUCUGGUUUAAAACUAAGCGAAAGAGACUUAACAAUGUCUAAACUUGUAUAUAGAGUUUUGCCUUUGCCAGAGAGUCUUGUGCCUUUUAUUUGGGACUAUAAAUCACUCAAUGAAAAUGAAGAAAGGAAAUACAUUGCCAAGAUGAUUGAAAAAACUUAUGAUAAAGCAGGAAUUUUAGGGGAGAGUAUCAAAUCAGUAUAUCUAUGGGCAGGAAAUAAGCAGAAACUUAAAGACUAAUUUGAGGUCAUAGAAAGAUUCAAUGGUGAGAUAGAUAAGAUCUCUGCUACAGUCUUAAAGGCUUAGAAUAUUAUUAAAAAUUAAGAGGAAAGCUGGGCAGUGAGUCUAAGAGAUGUCUCUAGAUUUAGUAUGCUAUUUAUCUAUUUCUCAAAAAAUAACUGCAAUCAUGAUGAAAAUCAGAGUAUAGAAAAUAAAAUACUCUCAAGUUAAUAAUCUAAAUACAAUGAUACAGAGAUAGCAUUAGUUUUAGCCAUUUACUUCUGUUAUGUGAUCAGGAUUUCUAACUAGGACAAGAGAAAGCAAUUUAUUGAGAAAUUAAACAACGAUCUUGGAAUCUAAGCAUUACCUUGUUUGCUCCCUUAGAAUUUCACAAAUAUUGUAUUGAUGGAAUAGAACAGAUUUUUAAAUUAAAUGGAGAUUAAAGUUGGUAUUGGAAAAUCAUAGACUUUACUCGAGAAUAUCUUUGUCAUUAUCACUUGUAUACUGAAUGAUAUACCUCUAAUUAUAACUGGCAAGCCUGGUAGUUCAAAGACACUUGCUAUGAAUCUGAUAUUAAAGUCUUUUAGAGGUAACUUAUCAAGCAAUACAUUUUUCAAGAAAUUCCCUGCUUUUGUUCCUUUCUAUUAUUAAGGUUCAGAAUAAACUACUUCAAAAGCAAUUGAGAAAAUCUAUAAGAAAGCAUAAAAAGCUGGAGAAAGUAUGAAGGGAGAGAAUAGAAAGGCUGUGGUAAUUUUCGAUGAAAUCGGUCUAGCUGAGAGAUCCUUUGCUUGA